AUGGCACCGACACGCAACUUGAGAUCCAAGUCCAAGCCAGAGCUCAAGCAAACCACUCUUUCCCAGACCUCCUUCAAGCGCAGCGCAGCUCCAUCAUCAGCCAAUGCCGCAGCCAAUCUAGCAACACAGAGAGGAGCAAAGGUCAAUAAAACCCCAAAGUCACCAGCCACGUCAACUUUAUCCGUCGCUGCGACAGAACGCGUUCAAACCGAUGUCCUGUUGUCAAUCUACCCCGUUCACCUAGCCGACAUUGUCGCCCAGCGCAAGAACUAUGAGUACAGAAACUACCGCCUACGCGACGGAGUAGAACGCUUGUGGCUGUACGAGACUGGAGGGAGUCAGAAAACCAAGGGAUGUGCAGCAAUCACACACAUUGCCACGAUUCCUUCCAACAUUCGACGCACCCCGGGCACUGUACCGGAAGAGCCGGUUGGUAUUGGAAACGCUGACUUCAAUGCCGGUCUCAUGUCGUGCAAGUUUGGAUACGAAAUUAUGGAGCUGUACGAACUUGUCCAGCCCAUCACGCUGGACGAAAUGAAGACGACAUGGGGAAUGGGCGGAGCUCCCAUGGGACGGUCCUAUGUAAAGCAGGAUAUGUGGCAAGAUCGAUGGGGAGAAGAUGAGGAGAGCCGACAGGUCAAAGUAAGACGCGUUUUCUGA